CUCUUGCUGUUGGCAAUUAAAGAUGGUGUUGUCAUGGAAACAGUUGAUCCUGCUUUCAUUCAUUGGCUGCCUAGGAGGGGAGCUGCUCCUACAAGGCCCCAUGUUUAUCAAAGAACCCAGCAACACCAUCUUUCCUGUUGGUUCAGAAGAUAAAAAAGUAACCUUAACUUGUGAAGCGAGAGGCAACCCUUCACCUCAUUACAGGUGGCAGCUGAAUGGAAGCGAUAUUGAUAUGACGAUGGAACAUCGUUAUAAGCUGAGUGGGGGAAAUCUUGUGGUGUUCAACCCCAACAGAAACUGGGACGCAGGAAGUUACCAGUGCUUUGCAACCAAUUCGCUUGGGACAAUCGUCAGCCGAGAAGCUAAACUUCAGUUUGCCUAUCUUGAAAAUUUUAAAACCAAGUUGAGGAGCACGGUGUCAGUGCGUGAAGGCCAGGGCGUUGUCCUGCUCUGUGGACCCCCGCCACACUCGGGAGACCUCUCAUAUGCUUGGAUCUUCAAUGAAUAUCCCUCAUUUGUUGAAGAAGAUAACCGGAGGUUUGUGUCUCAAGAAACUGGGCACCUGUACAUAGCGAAAGUGGAGCCAUCCGACGUGGGGAACUACACGUGUGUGGUGACAAGCACGGUGACAAAUGCCCGAGUCCUGGGCUCACCGACUCCGUUGGUGCUGCGAUCUGAUGGUGUGAUGGGUGAAUAUGAACCCAAAAUAGAAGUUCAGUUUCCAGAAACUCUUCCAGUGGCUAAAGGUUCAACUGUGAAAUUGGAGUGUUUUGCCCUUGGAAAUCCUGUUCCUCAGAUUGCCUGGAGAAGAAGUGAUGGGUUAUCUUUUCCCAACAAGAUUACUUUGAGAAAGUUCAAUGCUGUGCUCGAAAUCGCCAACUUCCAGCAGGAAGACACAGGCUCCUAUGAAUGCAUUGCCGAGAAUUCCAGAGGAAAAAAUGUUGCCAGAGGGCGUCUCACUUACUAUGCAAAGCCUCAUUGGGUUCAGCUCAUCAGGGAUGUGGAGAUAGCUGUUGAGGACAGUCUUCACUGGGAAUGCCGGGCGAGUGGUAAGCCCAAGCCCUCCUACCGAUGGUUGAAAAAUGGAGAGGCUCUGGUGCUGGAGGAGAGAAUACAGAUAGAAAAUGGUGCCCUUACCAUAUCCAACCUGAAUGUGACAGAUUCUGGCAUGUUCCAGUGCCUAGCAGAAAACAAGCAUGGUCUCGUCUAUUCCAGUGCUGAACUCAAGGUUAUCGCCUCUGCCCCAGAUUUUUCAAAGAAUCCAAUGAAAAAGUUAGUUCAGGUGCAGGUGGGAAGCAUGGUCAGCUUGGAUUGUAAACCCAGAGCCUCUCCAAGGGCUCUCGCCUCAUGGAAGAGAGGAGAUGUGGCCAUCCAGGAGCAUGACAGGAUUUCUUUUUCAAAGGAGGGAGGCCUGAAAAUAGCAAAUGUGACUAAAGCUGAUACUGGAAUGUAUACAUGUACAGCAGAAAACCAGUUUGGAAAAGCAAAUGGCACAACACAGUUGGUGGUUACAGAACCAACAAGAAUCAUUUUGGCGCCAUCCAACAUGGAUGUUUCAGUAGGCGAAAGCGUCAUCUUGCCCUGCCAGGUGCAGCACGACCCCUUGCUCGACAUCAUGUUUACCUGGUACUUCAAUGGAGUCCUUGCAGAUUUUAAGAAAGAUGGAUCUCACUUUGAGAAAGUUGGUGGGAGUUCAUCUGGGGAUUUAAUGAUCAGAAACAUUCAGCUGAAACACAGUGGAAAGUAUGUGUGCAUGGUGCAAACGGGGGUGGACAGUGUCUCCUCCGCUGCUGACCUCAUAGUGAGAGGUUCCCCCGGACCACCAGCAAAUGUGAAAGUAGAUGAAAUUACAGAUACAACAGCCCAGCUGUCUUGGGAAGCAGGUUCCGACAACCACAGCCCUGUGAUCACCUAUUCUAUCCAGGCGAGGACCCCAUUCUCCGUGGGUUGGCAAGCCGCCACAACAGUGCCUGAAGUCAUCGACGGGAAAACCCGCACGGCUACCGUCGUAGAGUUAAACCCGUGGGUGGAAUAUGAAUUUCGGGUUGUAGCCAGUAACAAAAUCGGAGGUGGAGAGCCCAGUUUGCCCUCAGAAAAAGUAAGAACCGAAGAGGCAGUUCCUGAAGUGCCUCCUUCUGAAGUCAGUGGAGGAGGGGGAAGCCGGUCGGAACUCGUGAUCACAUGGGAGCCAGUUCCUGAAGAACUGCAGAAUGGGGAAGGGUUUGGAUAUGUUGUUGCCUUCCGCCCUGUUGGCGUUACCAACUGGAUCCAGACGGUGGUUACAUCCCCCGAUUCCCCAAGAUACGUCUUCAGGAACGAAAGCAUCGUGCCAUUUUCCCCUUACGAAGUUAAAGUGGGUGUUUACAAUAACAGAGGCGAAGGGCCGUUCAGCCCAGUGGCAACAGUGUUCUCGGCAGAAGAAGAACCCAUGGCAGCCCCAUCCCAAGUUACUGCAAAUAGCCUGUCUUCCUCAGAGAUUGAGGUCUCGUGGGACACCGUUCCGUGGAAGUUAAGCAACGGACAUUUACUUGGCUAUGAGGUGCGGUACUGGUGUGAUGGAGAGGAAGAAGACUUGUCAAGCAAAGUGAGAGUGGCAGGAAAUGAGACGUCGGCCAGACUCCGAGGCCUGAAGAGCAAUCUGGUGUAUUACACAGCUGUCAGGGCUUACAACAGUGCGGGCGCUGGUCCCUUCAGCACCACCGUGAAUGCCACCACUAAGAAAACACCUCCGAGUCAACCUCCAGGAAAUGUUGUUUGGAAUGCUACUGACACGAAAGUGUUACUUAAUUGGGAGCAAGUUAAAGCAAUGGAGAAUGAAUCCGAAGUAACAGGAUAUAAAGUGUUCUAUAGGACUAGCAGUCAAAACAAUGUACAGGUGCUGAGCACAAAUAAAACUUCAGCUGAACUCUUGCUGCCCAUUAAGGAAGACUACAUUAUCGAAGUGAAGGCCACCACCGAUGGAGGUGAUGGGACCAGCAGCGAGCAGAUCAGGAUUCCAAGGAUGACCAGUAUGGACGCAAGAGGAUCCACUUCAGCCAUCUCCAACAUCUGCCCUGUGUCCAGCUACAUCCCUCUAGCACUCUUGUUCAUUGUGAAUGCCCUGUGGUGA